UUGUUGUCUUUUCUCCUUCUCCCUCAAAAUAUUACUUUUUCGGUUUAUUAUACUGUUCUGCGUUACAUCUUCAAAUAUAACACAAUAUUAUUACAAACAAAGUAAUUACUUGAAAUUAGUAUAUCUUUUAUAAGCUUCUCGUAAUUCAGUUACGGAUUAAUUAACUACGACCAUUAUGAAAACGGUAUCGACGGCGGCUCGUGUAGCUGCAAAAAGACCUUUCAGGGUAUCUAUCGAAGGCAACAUUGGAUCAGGAAAGUCCACGUGCAUCAAAUUCUUCGACAAAUUCAAAAACGUCGAAACUCACGCGGAACCAUUAAAUGAAUGGCGAAAUGUACAAGGGCACAACUUACUAGGGCUGCUGUACAGCGACUUGAGCAAAUGGACAUUUGCUUUCCAACACUAUGUGCUGCUUAGCAGGUUGAACAUCCAGAUCAGUCCACCCUCACAUCCUGGAAUCUCUGUUAAAAUGUUUGAAAGAUCAGUACAAAACAGCAGGCACUGUUUUGUGGAAAACGCAAAGAGACAGAAUCUGAUAGAAGAUGCUCAAUACCAUGUGCUCUCUGAGUGGUUUGACUACACUGAGAAGAACCUUAAUGUUGAUUUAGACCUUAUAGUGUACCUGAAAACGUCCCCACGAGUGGUUUGGGAGCGCAUGCUGCGUCGUGGUCGUGUCGAGGAGUCUGAAAUACCUUUGGAGUAUCUACAGCAAGUCCACGAGGCGUAUGAACUGUGGUUGAACUCCUCAAACGUAGGCUGCGAGGUCCUCACAAUCGACGCUGACCGCAGCAUAGAAAACGUUACAGAACACUUAGAACGAUAUACCUACAAAAUACUAGGCGGGAACCACACUAAUUGACGAACAAUUACUACGUGUAUAGAUUGACCAGACCCUUGUGGAAACCCGUGCCUCUACCACGAGGUUACUGUGACAGUUGUCGCUGGCGACCGCGCAAACUAUUUAAGUCAUGGUAGAAGCGUUUUUGUGUUUAUUAAAACUUUUAAGACAAAUCACGCAUAAUGUGAAGACAUUUUAAUUUUUAUUCAACGAGAAUAAUACCUAUAUUACCAAAGCUUAUGAAACAAAUGAUUGAACGAAAUGUACAUACUUAUGUGUAUUGACGAUAUACGAGUAUAUAAAAAAAUUUGUCUUGUAACAUAUAAAUGUCAACUCAUACAAGCAGAUAUUAACUGAUACAUGUAAAGAUCAAUUGAUUAUUAAUUGUAAUUAAAGGGGACUGCUAAUCGAGAUACAAGCCAGCGUAGUCGGGUAUUUAGUUAUUGUACACCAGAUGUCGCGACGACCAAAGAACUUUGUUUCAAAAUUACUAGGAACUCGUUAAAAACGGAAUCUGGUACAAAGCCAUGCAGUGUGAGAGCCUCCUCGUGUCCAUGUUAAGUUAAGCAGGGGUCAAAUUGUCGGACAUGGUUGUUGAUCCGGACAGUUUAUUAAAUAAAUUUUUGUGGUUUACUCUUUAAACUCGAAUUAUUUUUCCGAAAUAACGAUUGUUCGAAUUUUCAAUACACCGAAAACCGAAUUAUAACGAAACCGUUGUUCUUUCAGGAUAUGUUGGAUGUUUAUCACAAAGAA